AUGGACUCCACGCUCGACCAAAAGAUAGAGCUGAUCAAAGAUGCGACAAUGCUUAGGAUGGAUGGAACUGAGCCGGAGCUUUCCUCCACUUCUUAUUGCAAAUCGUACGCGGACCAUCCUUCUAAUUCGGCAGCACCGUGUGGCAAAGACUGUCCUCCAAUUGCGAUCGUUGGCAUGGCCUUGCGACUCCCUGGUGGGGUGAGUUCCCCGGAAGACUUCUGGGAGUUCCUGAUCAACAAGAAAGACGGUCUGUGUGAGGUCCCGGAGACGCGCUAUAAGGUUGACUCUUUCUAUCACGAGUCAAAACCUCACUCAGUGCGGACGAAACGUGGGUACUUUUUACAGGAGGAUCCCGCCCACUUUGAUGCACCGUUCUUCUCGAUCACUGCAUAUGAGGCAUCACGCAUGGACCCUCAACAGCGAAAACUACUGGAAAUCGUGUGGGAGUGUUUUGAAAGUGCUGGGGAGACCGACUGGAGAGGUAAAGAUAUUGGAUGCUUUGUUGGGACUUUUGGGGAAGACUGGUUAGAUCUUGUCAGCAAGGAUCCCCAAAGUGUCGAUCGAUAUCAUGUCUUAGGAACAGGCGACUAUGCUCUGGCGAAUCGAAUCUCGUAUGAAUUUGAUAUCCAAGGACCAAGUAUGACCCUGCGGACUGGGUGUUCUGCAUCGCUUGUUGGCCUGCAUGAAGCCUGUCAGGCGUUAUAUUCUGGGGAAUGUUCUUCAGCCAUUGUUGCUGGGGCCAAUCUAAUCAUGACCCCCACAAUGACCACCACAAUGUCCAGCAACUUGGUAUUAUCACCGGCUGGGGUGUGUCGAACCUUUGAUGAAAAAGCAGACGGUUACGGCCGCGGUGAAGCAGUCAAUGCUCUUUACAUCAAGCCACUCAGUGAUGCCCUCAGAGACAAUGAUCCAAUCCGAGCCGUCAUUCGUUCGACCUCUACCAACUGUGAUGGACAUACCCCAAGCAUCACGACACCUGGCUCUAUUUCCCAAGAGAAGCUUGUUCGAAAGGCGUAUGAAAAGGCUAUGAUUUGUGACAUGGCCCAAACGGCAUUUUUUGAGUGUCAUGGAACCGGUACCAUCAUUGGUGACACUGCGGAAACCACUGUUGUUGCGAAAUUAUUCCACCAGAAUGGGAUUCUUAUGGGAGCUGUUAAACCCAAUGUCGGUCAUUCGGAAGGCGCGUCAGGAAUCACCAGCAUGAUUAAAGCUGUACUUUCUCUCGAGCACAAAACCAUACCACCAAAUAUUUUCUUUGACGCACCCAACCCUAAGAUUCCCUUCAAAGAGGCCAAGCUUCAAGUUCCUUUGGACCCAACUUCAUGGCCGAGCGAUCGCGCUGAGAGAAUCAGCAUCAAUUGCUUUGGAAUUGGAGGUACCAACGUGCAUGUCAUUCUAGAUUCCACCACCUCGUUUUGUGGAGACAAUGAGCUUGAAUCUGUUGAACCCGACGGUGCUCGACUUCUUGUCGUUUCGGCGAAGAGUGCAGAUAGUCUACAAGCUAGGAUUCAAGAUGUCGCCGAAUAUGCCAACACUCACUCGGAGAACUUGCACAACUUAGCUUAUACUCUUGGUGUUCGGCGUGAGCAUUUAGAACACCGCGCCUUUGCAGUCGCCCGACCCGAAAAGGCAAUGGAUGCCUCAUCGUUUCAAGUCAGUAAAGCUGGAUCAUCUGAUUUGACUUGGGUUUUCACUGGUCAAGGUGCGCAGUGGCCAGCUAUGGGGAAGGAUUUGAUACACAGUUUUGAAACUUUCAGAAACGACAUAAAAGACUUAGACGAAGUGUUGCAGGACCUGAAUGACUCCCCUGAAUGGUCAUUGGAGCACGAACUUUGUGAGAUGGGGGCAUCCAGCCGUAUCAACAAAGCCGAGUUCUCUCAACCCCUUUGCACCGCGCUCCAGAUUGGAUUGGUCAAUAUCCUGAAAAGCUGGGGCGUGAAGCCAUCUUCAGUUGUUGGACACUCCAGUGGGGAGAUUGCUGCUGCUUACGCAGCUGGUGCUAUAACAGCAAGGACAGCUAUAAUCAUUGCAUAUUAUCGGGGUAAGAUGUGCAAAAGUGAGGAAGGCAAAGGUGCUAUGGCAGCCGUGGGCUUGAAUAGUGGGGAUGUUGCACAUUUCCUGCACGACGGUAUCGUUGUAGCCUGUGAGAACAGUCCACAAAGUGUGACAAUUUCUGGAGAUCAGGAUGGAAUCGAGCGUACAGUCCGAAAGAUCAAAGAAGAUCUUCCAGACGUGCUAUGUCGGCGACUUCGAGUAAACAUUGGGUAUCAUUCCUACCAAAUGCGCGCCCUAGGGGCUUUAUAUGAAUCUGCCAUCUCGCAACAUGUAAAAUAUAACCAGGAGAUGCUUCCGAUGUUUUCAAGUGUGACUUUAACAACCAUUAUCAAUCCAACGGAGCUUAGCGCGGGGUAUUGGCGACGCAACUUGGAGUCUCCGGUUCUCUUCUCAGGAGCAGUUAGCUGUAUUCUUCGUGAGUCACCAAAGUCGGGAUUUCUGGAAGUAGGUCCGCAUUCUGCUCUCUCAGGACCCUUGCGGCAGAUUUCUCGAGCUGCGGGUCUGAAAGCAGAUCCGAUCUACAUCCCAACACUCACUCGCAAUGACCAUGACUCUCGGUCUCUAUUACUCUCUGCCGCAGGUUUGAUUCACAGCAAUGGUCUGCCAAUUGAUUUAUUGAUGAUCAAUGGCUCUGGUAUCACCUUGCCCGACCUUCCAGCUUAUCCAUGGCAGCACAAUACAAGAUAUUGGCAUGAAAGCAGGGCGACUCGGGACUGGAGAUUGCGCGGCAUGCCUCAUCAUGAGGUCCUCGGGGCCCGAGUUCCUGAAUCCUCUGACUUGGAGCCAUCCUGGAGAAAUCUAUUGCGGUUGGAAGAGGUACCAUGGAUUUGGGAACAUGUCCUGGAAGGGCAAGUUGUCUUCCCAGCCGCUGGAUACAUCGCCAUGGCAGGCGAAGCAAUCCAGCAACUCAGCCCCAGUGGUAUAGACUAUUCAAUAAGGAAUAUCUUCUUCAAGUCGCCCCUUUCCUUGAGGGAUGAAGAAGAAACGGAACUCAUUACAACCCUCAGGCCAGUCAAAUUCAACGACCUCGUGGACUCUGAAUGGUAUGCCUUCACUAUCACUGCACAUGAUGGCGUCGAAUGGAUCAAACAUUGCCAUGGUGAAGUGAGGGCGCAUUACGAUCAUUCGCCGAAGAUCAGAGAGAUAAAGUGUCAUGCUCGCCCAGUUGACUCGGAAAAAUGGUACAAGACCUUAGCUCAGCGAGGCUUGGACUAUGGCCCUCAAUUCCGUGGCCUUACUGAUAUCUCCGUCAGUCCUAUAGUGUACACGGCUAGCGCAAGUGUCUGUGAUAAGAGUACUACUCCAGCGAGCCGGUAUACUCUUCAUCCAACUGUGAUUGAUCAAUGCUUGCAAUUGAUGAGUGUUGCAACGGCCCAUGGCAUGGCCCGCAACAUUGACAGAAUGGCCAUUCCAGCAGCUAUCGAGUAUGUUUAUAUUGGAGGAGCAGCCUCGCAGAUGAGACUUGGAGUUGAAGUCAGGGAUGGGGGAAGGACGAAUCAAUUCGGAGAUGCAACUUUGAUAGGCGAUGAUAUCGUCUCACUCUCCCUGACCAAGGCUAUCUUCUUCUCCUUGGAUAAUCAGAGAUCCGAACAAUGCACCGUUCCGCUGAUAUCGGAGAUCAGGUGGGCACCGGACAUCGACUUGCUACCCACAAAUACGUUGCUUCCCAAAAGCCUUGCCGAGUCAAAUCCUGACAACCCUUCUGCCCUUGCAGUACGUGACUUGGCAAAAGUCAGUCUUCUCUAUAUCCUAGAGACCUGUGAUAGUCUUGUCGGUGUUACCCCUGAGCCACCUCAUCUUGUGAAGUGGAAGAGCUGGGUCAAUUCUGAGGCCUUGAGAAUUCGUGAAGGCAAGAAUGCAAUGUUCCCUGAAUCACAAGAAUGGGCUUCAAUGGAUUCAAAAACUCGGCAAAUUCUUAUCAAAAACUUCGUCGCGCCAUUGCAAAACCCAGGAGGCGCGUUCUCUGUUUUUGCAGAGUGUAUGCAAGCUAUUUACGACAACUCCUGGGCACUCUCGAGCGGCAAAAUGGCACCUCUAGAGCUUCUCAUGGCCGAGAGCCGCUUGGAGAGAUACUAUGCAUCGGUCCAACCAUUGAGCAACUGGAGCCAUUUCCUAUCACUCAUUGGUCAUUCAAAUCCUCGAGUUCGUGUCCUGGAAAUCGGCGCUGGAACAGGAAGUGCCACACGACAAGUAUUGAAACAUCUGCAAACCCCUGAGGGCUCACGGUUGUAUUCAGAAUAUGUAUUCACAGAUCUCUCUCCCGGAUUUCUGGUGGCCGCAGAAGAAAAGUUUGCCGGUCACGUAAGUAUUGAAUAUAAAAUCCUUGACAUCACCAAAGACCCCAAGGAGCAAGGGUUUGACUUAAAUAGCUUCGACCUCGUCAUUGCGUCCAAUGUUCUUCAUGCCACGCCUCAACUUUCAGCAUCAUUAGCACAUGUGCAUAUGCUUCUCGCGCCAAAUGGACGAUUACUCCUUCAUGAGUUGCAUCCCGAGAUCUUGGUAACUGACUAUACCAUCGGCAUUCUUCCUGGCUGGUGGCUUGGAGAAAGUGAUGGAAGACCUAACAAGCCGUAUGUCUCGCCAGAGAGAUGGGACCACGAGUUGCGCGCUGCAGGAUUCACAGGGAAUGAAGCAAUGGCAUACGACGUGGACCCUCCAUAUCAGAGCAACUUCACCAUGCUUUCAAGCGUUGUUCAAGCACCACCCAACACUAAAGAGAUACUGCUUUUGGUUGAAGACCAAGACCAUCCAAGCAGCUGGGCAAUGGAGGUCGCUGACUGCUUUCGGGCCAAGGGUCAUACAGUUGACUGGGGUACUUUGGCUGACCACCCACCCUCUAACAAAUGCAUCGUCUCUCUAUUGGAAUCCAACAGCCCUUUUCUCUCUAGAAUGGAACAAAAGGACUUUGGUGGUCUUCAAAAAUAUAUUACCAAUGUGGAAGGCGGACAGUUCCUCUGGGUGACCAAAUUAACUCAGACUAGUUGCGCAGACCCUCGGUUUGGAUUUGUCCAGGGUUUCAUUCGGGCCUUGAGGCAUGAAAUGACGCUUGAUAUCUCAACCUUUGAAAGUGACAUAUUUGACGACGCAGCGGCGAAUGCACUUGUGCAGGUCUAUGAAAAGAUUCAAGGGUCUCGACAAUUUUCUUAUCUAGAUCCAGAGUACGAGUUCGUUUUUGAGGGUGGUGCGGUGCAUGACCUGCCUAAAAAGCUAGAUCUUGAUGAAUAUGGCCUAGUCGAUACACUACACUGGACUACUGUUGAUGAGUAUCAAGUGGCAGAUGACCAGGUUGAAGUGGAUAUACACUACACUGCUUUGAACUUCAGGGAUGUCAUGGUUAUUAUGGGUGUCGUUGGGGACAAGAAAGAUCUCGGCAUCGAAGGAAGCGGUAUCGUUCGUCGUGUCGGAGCUAAUGUGACCAGCUUGCUCCCGGGUGAUAAAGUAGCUAUCACCAGCUCCGGUAUCUUUGGUGAUCAGGUUGUUAUCUCUCACAAGAGAUGUUUCAAGCUCCCGGACACUUUGUCUCUUGAGGAUGCAGCUACCAUGCCGUCGGUAUAUGCGACAGCGAUUUAUUCGUUCAUCCAUCUGGGCAUGCUAAGAAAGGAACAGACUGUCUUGAUUCAUUCCGCAUGUGGCGGUGUCGGCUUGGCUGCUAUAAGCAUAUGUCAACUCAUCGGCGCUGAGAUAUUUGCCACCGUGGGGAGUGAGGAGAAAGUCCAAUAUCUCAUAGAACAUUUCGGUAUAUCUCGCAAUCGGAUCUUCAAUUCUAGGAGUGCCGAGUUUCUGCCAGCCAUUUUGCGAGAGACAAAUGGCCGAGGAGUCGAUCUUGUUUUGAACUCCCUAGCCGGAAAGCUGCUUCAUGCCUCAUGGGAAUGUGUGGCCAGCUUUGGGAGAAUGAUUGAGCUCGGGAAAAGGGAUUUUUUGACCAACGGGGUGAUGAGUAUGACUCCGUUUGGCAAGAACCGAGCCUUUUUCGGUGUGGACCUCGUGCAGUUAGGGGAUGAAACGCCCCAGGUGUUUGACGGACUAAUCUCCCAGUUCCUGGCUUGGUAUGAAGAGGGCAAGAUUGGCCCCAUUCGCCCAGUCAAGGUGUUUGAUGCGUCAGAGGUCGUGGAUGCAUUUCGCUACAUGCAGCAAGGCAUCCAUAUGGGUAAGAUCUUGUUGAAGAUGCCUGAAGACCCUAAGCAUCUUGUCUGCUCUGUGGCAACACCCAGUUUAUCUUUCUCUGCAGACGCUUCCUAUCUGCUCGUUGGGGGUCUUGGUGGUCUUGGGCGCUUGGUAUCAACGUGGAUGGUAGAACAUGGGGCAAGGCACUUGGUGUUUUUAUCUCGAUCUGCUGGCAAAUCCAAGGAUGAUCAGACAUUUAUUCAUGAGCUUGAAGUCCAAGGCUGCAAAGUGAUAUGUGUGGCUGGCAGCGUGACUUCUCAAGAAGAUGUAAAUCAUGCUGUCUCGCAGUGCGGCAAGCUCCUUGCAGGGGUUAUUCAGAUGUCUUCGAAUUUGAGGGAUCGAAUUUUUAGCCAAAUGACAUAUGAAGACUGGAACGUAUGCCUCGCACCAAAGGUUCAAGGAACCUGGAAUUUGCACCACGCAGUGUCGGGAAACCCCCUUGAUUUUUUCGUGGUGUUUGGUUCAGCCUCUGGAACUUGUGGUUUUACUGGCCAAUCUAACUAUGCUGCUGCCAACACUUUCCUGGACAGCUUCACUCAAUAUCGGCGACAGCUAGGUUUGCCCUCAUCGGUCCUGAGACUCGGACCAGUUGAGGAUGCUGGUUUGGUGAGCCGCGAUCCCAACUCCCUGAAGCUCUGCCAGGCUGCCUCGAUCCGCUUGUUGGGGGAAAAAGAUGUGAUCGAGGGCUUGCAGCUUACCAUUACCCAGUCAUGCUUGCAAAGUACAUCAUGUAGCAUCAUUGCAGGAGUGGGCAACACCAAGCAUACCUCUGAUCCAACAUGCCGCCCGCUGUGGGUGCCGGAGGCAAGAUUUGCCCUGUACUUGAAUUUGGAGAUCAGAGGUGAACAAGUUUCUCAGGUGAACAACGACGAACUCAAGUCUCUUCUACAACGGGCCGAGCAAAACCCAGCUAUACUGAGCGAACCAGAGACGGAGGCCACGAUCCGCAGGGAAAUCGCCCAGCUGGUCACGCGGCAUCUUGCUCAGGGGCAGGACAUGGAUGAUGAUCAAGUCGCCAACAUGGUCAUUGACUCACUCAUGUCGAUCGAAAUCAGGAGCUGGGUGCGUCGGAAUCUCCGUAUAGAGGUUAGUCUUAUUGAGAUUUCAAAAGGAAGGACUGUGGAUGGUCUGGCUGGAGUGGUCAUUCAACAUCUGAAGGCUAAAUACAGCGGAAAUAUGGAUGGGGAAAAUUGCAAGAUCGAUCGUUCUGAUUUACCGUGA